UAAACGUUGCGUUGCAUUAAUAAUAAUAAAAAAUAAUAAACGUAGGUAGCAUAUAUAAGGAUUUACGGCCAUAAAAAAACGAGUCAUUUAGUUUUGGGUUUUUUUAUUGGGUAAGAAUCAUCAUUUUUUUAAAUUUAAAUUAUUUUUUAACUUUUAGAAGGAACAAAAUGGUCAAUUCAUCCCAAAAGCCCCUAAUUUUAUUAAUUUUCAACAUUUUCCAAUUAAUUUUUGCCCAAAUCGACCAAAAUGCCUAUAUAAAUCAGCCAAUGCCUCCGCAAGGUGGCGGUUUUAACCCAUACGCACCCCCUGGUGGUAAAUAUUUCAAUUAAAAAACUUAACUCAAACUCAAAAUCAUUUUUUAGGAUAUCCAGGGAAUAAUAAUUACGGAGCGUCUCAAUUUCCGGUUAUUUCUUGCCCUAACUUGUUUAGUUAUCAACACGAUCCGAGUUUGGGCGGAUACUACGGGCUUAUCAUAACCCCAAAAAGUCGAUUAGACACCGAAUUCGACGUUGAAGUGAAUAUGACCAUAAAUAAAGCGGUGGCUCAAAGCGAUAACAUCAAAUUGAACGUGUUAUCGAGUCAAGACGAGAUAUUCCACGGCGAAGCAAUAAAAUGGUCCGUUAAAUUUCCGUACCAAGAUGUUCUCCCGAAAUUGACCCAAAUUAAGUUUAAUAGGAUCGUUAUUUGUUCGAAUCAUCCGGAUCCGUUGGUAAGCGGGAUAACUCAAACAUCGAUGUGGGCUAAGGCUACGAUUAGGACGUCUGCGGGGGCGAGUGAAUCUAAUCCGGCGGUUCCUGGUGGUCAGAUGCCGCCACAAUAUCCGGAAAUGGGUUAUGCUGGGAUGCAACAAGCUCCGGUUUAUCAACAACCUUAUGGUGGAUAUGGGCCUCAACCUGGAGGUCCAAUCCUUCAAAAUUGAGAUAAAAUCGUGUAAAUAAAAAGAUUGAGAUUAAAAAAAAAUGUAUUAAUGAUACAACCAUGUUUUUAUUUAUUUAAAUAACAAAAAUUAUUAAUUAUCGAUUCUAAUCAACGUUUUCGGUGCGUAAUUUCUCGAUUACACAAGAAAUUGCGACACCAAAAGAAAAAAUAAUGUAACGGUUUUUUUUAAUAAUACAUUUUGCGCGAAAACCUCGUCAAAAAGUUUCAAAAACUUCGUAAAAGCUUCCGAAAUGUUGUUAAAAGCCUCAAAAAAUCUUUUUUUCUCAUUUAUAUCACAGAAUAUUAUCUCAAACUUACUCGCUAUAAAAAAAAAAAAAAAAACAAAAAAAUCUUAACUUUAUAUCGUUAAAUAAAAAUAAAC